UCUCUUAUUCCCUACGAGUUGAGUACGUCAGAUUAGUGUCCCCGGAGCGAGAAAAUUAAGAACAUGACAAAGAAGAUCAACAACGACAAAGAGAAUAAAUACGUCGUUUUGAUAAGUAGAAUUGACGAAACAAUAUCCGAAACAUAUAACAAACGAUCACUGUAUCCGAAGUUUCUCCCUCGUCUCUAAACCGAUGUAACUGAAAGUCCCGCCCUCUCUCUUGCCAAUAACGUUCAUCUGGAGCAUCCCGAUUCAGACGUUUCGUCGUGAGAUGAGAACGCUUGGAACGAGGUACUUCCCUACAGAGAGAUCUGAUCUGUCCCAGAUCGCAUCACCAAAGCCUGCAGGUCGCUUGAGAAGCCCUCUGGCACCAGAAGGUCUGAGCUGUAGCCAUCAGAGUGUCUCAUGGCCGGGGUCCUGGCCUGGUUCUGGAACGAGCGGUUCUGGCUCCCGCACAACGUCACCUGGGCGGACCUGAAGAGCACCGAGGAGGCUUCGUUCCCGCAGGCGGAGGACCUCCUGCUGGCGGCUCCCCUUGCCUUCUGCCUCUUCCUGCUCCGAAUGCUCUUCGAGAGGUUCAUCGCGCGGCCGUGUGCUGUGGGGCUGAGGAUCCAGAGCAGCGGGCCUCAGAGAGCCACGCCCAACGCCAUCCUGGAGAAGGUGUUCACCGCCAUCACCAAGCACCCAGAUGAGAAGCGGCUGGAGGGUCUGUCCAAGCAACUCGACUGGGACGUCCGCAGCAUCCAGCGCUGGUUCAGACAGAGGCGCAACCAGGAGAAGCCCAGCACUCUGACACGCUUCUGCGAGAGCAUGUGGAGGUUUACGUUCUACCUGUACAUUUUUACCUACGGCCUCCGAUUCUUAAAAAAAACUCCGUGGCUGUGGAACACCAAAGAGUGCUGGGUCAACUACCCAAACCAGCCGCUCACAGUGGACCUCCAGUACUACUACAUCGUGGAGCUCUCCUUCUACCUCUCCCUCCUCUUAUCUCAGUUCACAGACAUGAGGAGGAAGGACUUCCUGCUCAUGCUCCUGCACCACCUCGCCACCAUCUCCCUCAUCUCCUUCUCCUACGUCAACAACAUGGUGCGGGUGGGCACCCUGCUCAUGUGUCUCCACGACGCAGUCGAUGUACUGAUGGAGGCCGCCAAGAUGGCCAACUACGCCAGAUGCCAGACGCUCUGCAACUUCCUGUUCGCCAUGUUCUCAAUGUUCUUCAUCAGCUCCAGGCUGGGGGUCCUUCCCAUCUGGAUAUUAAACACCACUCUAUUUGAGAGCUGGGAGAUGGUGGGUCCGUACCCGUCGUGGUGGCUCUUCAACCUGCUGCUGCUCCUCCUGCAGGCGCUGCACUCCUACUGGUCCUACCUCAUCGUAAAGACCGCCUGCCGGGCGGUCUGCAGGGGCAGGGCGGGAAAAUGGAACCCUUUAAAUGUGUCUAAAGACGACCGCAGCGACAUGGAGACAAGCUCAGACGAGGAGGACGGUCCGAUGGCCAAUCAGAAGCCCCACAGCAGCGCCACCAACGGCACUAACAACAAAUCACAUGAGGCCAACGGCUACGGGCCAUGCCCUGAGGAACACCACUGACCACCCCUCACAACCCUAACCCUACCAUACCCCUACUCCUAACCCUACCCCUACCCCUAACCCUACCCAUACCCCUAACCCUACCAUACCCUACCCCUAACCCUACCCAUACCCCUAACCCUACCCAUAGCCCUAACCCUACCAUACCCUACCCCUAACCCUACCCAUAGCCCUAACCCUACCCAUACCCAUAGCCCUAACCCUACACAUACCCAUACCCUAUCCCUAACCCUACCUAUACCCCUCACCCUUCUCCUAACCCCCAUAACUCCUACCCUUACCCUCGUGUUAACGAGUUCAUGGUGGGAUUCAAGAACGACAUCAACCAAUUGGUUCUUCAACACAAUAAAGCGUAGAGUUCCCCUGAGAACCCUCCAGCCAUCAUUCUUAUUCUGUAUCUCUCUCUGGUCUCUCUCUGUCCCACUCUCUGGUCUCUCUCUGUCCCUCUCUCUCUGGUCUCUCUCUGUCCCUCUCUCUCUGGUCUCUCUCUGUCCCUAUCUCUCUGGUCUCUCUCUGUCCCUCUCUCUCUGUCCCUCUCUCUCUGGUCUCUCUCUGUCCCUCUCUCUCUGGUCUCUCUCUCUGUUCUCUCUCUGUCCCUCUCUCUCUGUAUGUGUUAUUGUUUUGUCAAUCUUAUUUAUUUAUUUUAUGUUUGCAGGUCAUGCUUGGGGCCAAAGUCCACGUAGGGGGUAGCUAUACUGGACACAAUGACUAUCAACUGGGUUUGUUGGAUUUGUGAAAUCAAUGCCAAAACGAAGAUUGAAUUGGAAUUCAUACACACUAAAUAAAUAGUAAUGUGUGUUAUUUCCUCUCAUUUCAAUGAGACAUGCUCCAUAUGGGAUGUGGACGGCAGUAUUAUGUGCUACAGGCAUUCUGUGCAUGCAGCUAGAUGCUGUAAUGAAGGGAUUUGUUUAAAAGUAUUCAGGUAUGAUGUCAAGCUGAAAGGCAGAUACCGGGUGUUUCAAACAUUCAAUAAACAGACCGUUCAAACGUGUGUGUGGGU